UGGUGUUUGUUCGACGUUUUCUUUUGUUUCUGUCGUGGCUUUGCUUUCAUUGAUUAAAGAAAAGGAAAGGAAAGGAAAGGAAAAUUACAGAAGCUGAAAACCUCCCAACCCAUUUUCUCUCCUCUUUCUCUCAACCUACUUUUUUCUGUGUGUCAAAAAUCAAUGGGAACAAAGGCAGAUCAAGAAGAAGAAGCAAGGCGUCUCAAAACAAUAGCAGAGACUAAAUUUACCAACUCCAACCUCAAAUCAGCCCUCAAGCACGCCAAGAAAGCCCACCGUCUCUCUCCAAAACUCGAAGGUCUCUCUUCAAUGCUGACAGCCUUGAAGACUCUCCGUGUCGCCUCCAAGGCCCAAAAUUCAGACAUCACUGACUGGUACAAGAUUCUCCAGGUAGAACCCUUCUCUCAUAUGAACACUAUUAAGAAACAAUACAAGAAACUAGCUUUAGUCUUACACCCUGAUAAGAAUCCAUUUUUAGGAUGCGAAGAGGCAUUUAAGCUUGUUGCUGAGGGAUUUAGAGUCUUGUCUGAUAAGAUUAGGAGGAAAGAGUAUGAUUUGAGGUUAAGGAUACGGCUUCAGGACGAGAGGGUUAGUGAUAAUUCUGCUGUGGAGACCUUUUGGACUGCCUGUUCGCGGUGUAGGCUUUUGCAUCAGUUUGAGAGACAGUAUUUGGGGCAUAAUUUGGUGUGUCCUAGUUGUAAGAAGAGUUUUGAGGCUGUUGAGGUAAAAGGAGGGGAUAAAAAGGAUGCUGAGGUUGGAGUUUGGAGUGAGAGGCUAAGGAGGAAAGAUAUUGGUGGUAAGGGAAUUGGGGAUUUGAGUUCCGGGGAAGGGGUCAGUGUGGGGUCGAGGAGAGAAUUGGAUGCUGAAAGUGCAGGAGGCGUGAAUUUGAAGGGGAAUGAAGUAAUUUCUGGAGAAUGGGGCGGUGGGAAAUUGAGGACCGGGGGUUUGAGGAGGAGAACGAGUACUGUUGGUGAGGUUUUGGAGAGAUCAAAGAAGAGGGUGAAGUUUUCUGAUGAAACGAUGACAUUAGCAGAAAUGAAGUUGGAAGCAAAGAAAAAGGCUAGUCGAAAGAAGGUGGAAUUGAAGGAGAAGCAAAAGGAUUUUCGAGAAAAGGAGAAGAAGAAGGAGAAGCAGAAGGUGAUGGAGAAGGGGAAGGAAACAUGUCCAGUCUUGAACAAGAGCACGGAUUUGGAGACUGAAAAAGGUGGAGCAUCAAAGAAGAGUGGGGAUACGGAAAUCAAGACAAGGGAAGGUGUAAAGACAGGUAGAAAAAUGGAAAUCAUGAGGCAAGGAGCAUCAAGGAAGAGUGCGAGUUUGCAAACGGAGAGGCACAAGAAUUCAAGGGGGGAUUUGGACAGCAUGGCAGUGGAGUAUUCAAAUUUCUUUGAUUUUGAUAGUGAUAGAGUGGAGAGGAGGUUUAAGAAAGGGCAAGUUUGGGCUAUUUAUGACGAUGAUGGAAUGCCGAGACAUUAUGGUUUGAUUGAUGAAGUUGUUUCAGUGAAUCCCUUUAAGGUGAACUUGAGUUGGUUGGAUCUUCAAAGGUAUGGAGACGAGGUGUUAAUUUGGGAGAAAAUGGGACUUCAUGCAUCUUGUGGUAGAUUUAAGGUUGCCAGGACGAUGCUAAUUGACUCAGUUAAUAUCUUUUCACAUGCUGUGGAAUGUGAAAGGGAAGCAAGGGAAGUUUAUAGGAUUUAUCCUAAGAAGGGUUCUGUGUGGGCACUUUAUAAUGAAGCAACUUUAGGUGCUGAAGGAAGAAAUCCGUCAGCUAGUGAUGAGCGAUGCCAUGACAUUGUUGUGCUGUUAACCACUUACAGUGAGAUGCAUGGAUUGAGCAUGGCCUACCUUGAGAAGGUUGAUGGGUACAAGACUGUAUUUAAGAGACGAGAGAUUGGGUGCCAUGCUAUUAGAUUGCUUGAAAAAGAUGAUAUUUGGUUGUUUUCACAUCAGAUUCCUUCAAGGAAGUUUUCUGGUGACGAGGUUGCUGACAAUUUAAAGGACUGUUGGGAACUUGAUCCUGCUUCACUUCCUUCAAAUUUGCUUACUAUUGGUGGGGAAGCUGACAUUGAGUAGGGAAAACUGACAUGCUUUAUGAUAGCUCUUCUUUUCUGAUUCAGGGGUUGAGGUAGAAAAUAUAUGGAUGUAAAUUAAAUACCCUGCGAGGUUGCAUUCUGUGGAUGGGAAUGGGGUUGUAAUAUUGCCCUUGUCUGGACAUAAACUUAAGCACAUCACUCACACCUUGACUUUUUCACUAUUUAACAUGCUCUUGUCAAAUCAUUUGCUAUGUCAUUCUCUCUUCAGAUUGCAAGCUCCGCAUUUACAGUCUGCUUUAUGUGCAGUUUCUAUUGAUGAAGAUUUCAGAUUUGAUGAGUUCAAAAUCUCUUUUGUAUUCCUUUCUAACAAUUGAUCCUUGUUUUUCGAUUGGUUCUUUAGCCUUUGCUUUCUCUUAUUAAGAGGAUCCUUCAUCCAACAAAAAGAAGCUGGCAGUUGCAUUUAGCCAUGUUCAUUCUACCAGCAAUCAUAUGCGAGGCUUAAUUCACUUUGUUCUGUUGCAAACUUUUGGAUUUUAUGUGGAGGUUUGAGAAACUGAUGUCCUCAAGCUUUCUAAGUAACAAAGUUAUUUACAGCUUUCAGACAUUAGUUUGUUGAACUUGCUAGCCUAAUAUCAAUUCCGGGUUACUGCUGGAGCACUCGAUUCCUCUGUUGAUUGACCAUUCUGCAGAUACUGUAGCUGCUUUUGAGAAUUUGCAGGUCGCAGGUGAUUUGCUAGAUGAGAGAAUGGCAACUUAAACUAAGCAACUCUGUUGUCAUAGUCACUGGUUUUGCUAUUUCAGCUAGUUUGCAAACUGUCAUAAUAUUUAACAGCAGGUCAAGAUGGACCUCAUGCAAAAACUGCUGCAGAAUAUGCAGACAAGUUAUUGACUUUUGACCAGUCACAACUUCACUGCUCCUAAACUCAGAUGUCAAUUGUUGCCGGGAGAUGAAUAAAAAAAAUUACAGCAGCUAAGGCACCAAAAAAGAAGCCAUAGAAAACUACAAAACUCAGUGUGGACUGUCGCUGUCUGCUCAAAUAGUUGUGAGGUUACCAGUUGCUUGAAUCCCUUGGCAACAAGGAACUGUGUAAUCAUCAUAAAUAUACUGUUGUUAUUGCGCAGGCCAUGAGGUCGGUCGUUGGCAUGAAGUUGAUUGGUGCACAAGCCAUGUGGUUGUACUGCUGAAUCAGAAUGCUAUCGUUAGGCAAAUGGUUUACGCUAAAACUUCCUUGCAAGCUGAUAACAUUUUUGAGGAACAAAGUAUAUUCUUGUUUCUCAAGAACAAUUCUUGUCAUUCUUGGUGAUGCGUUCUUCUGCCUUCUGAAUUCUUGGUGAAUGGUUAAUAUCUGUGAAUGUCUUGUUUUUCCGGCACUGAUGAUACAAAAGCAACAGACUGGCUACCUCUAAAUACAAGACAGCCUCCUAAUCCUAAUGCAUGAAAUGGAUUUGCAGAAGAAGCAUUAUUGUCUACACAACCCAGCAAGUCUCGGGCGCUUCGUUUUGAUCCAGCAAACUUCUUGUAUCAUAUUAUAUGAUCCAACACCGUAUCGAUCCAGCAAACUUCUUGUAUUGUACUUUAUGAUCCAGCACCGUAGUCUAUAACUAAACAUUUUAAUUGCUGUGUUUAACUUCACAA